UACUACGGAAUAGAACACAUAGUAAUGAUAGAAUGCGAUUCUCCUAGUGUUCUAUAGAGCAAGUUACGGCCACAAUGGGGGCACCAGAUGGGCGAUUUCGAGCGAAGCAUGAAAAGGCUGAUGUUGAGUUGGUUUCCGCAUGAGGCAAAUCUUGAAGGGCACCGAUGCUCCCGAUUCACUGAUCGUCGAUUGCUUGCUUGCUUGGCAACAAACUAUCUCGAUAGUCUAGCCCACACCUCUUUCUAAAGCUUAUCAAAUCAGGCCUCAGUACGAGUCGCCGAGAAAUGGGUGCUCUUGGCAAAUACACAGUAUGCCAAUCACAAAGACGAUCCAACGGCUGGACCCAUGGAUAGUUCGUUGCCAAAAAGAACAAUAUCCAAAGAGCUCAAUGAACAAUACAAACCUAGUCGGCCGCCUGCCUGGUCUCCACGACCCGUCAAUGCGGCAAGGGUCUCAAAAUACCGAAACAAAGGGGUAUAUAGCUUUGCAGACUCUCUAGCAAACCGGGAGCCAGAAUGGCAUUCCACCAUUGGAGAAAUCAAACUCUGACGACCAAAGCUGGUAUCCCCAUUGGUUUAGUGCUUAAGCUCAUAUCAAUGGGACAUGUGCAUAUAAGCAUGGGUGGAGUGCCCAACUUUCUAGUUUGGCUCUUGCAGCAGCGUCGAGUGGACAGAACUCCUGUAUUUACACCCUAACUAUGGACGGCGUCAAGCGGUAUUACAGCUCCCUCGAAACCCGUCUCGGAAAUUGGAUCGUCUACGGCGGCCGUGCCCACCUAGGCUACUACUCCCCAGAUGUCUGGUGGCCAUUUCCGGUCCACCAGGCGCUUGUUGCGAUGGAAGAUCAAGUGUUUCAAUCACUGAAUUUGAACCCGGGUGCCCGAGUUCUCGAUGCCGGUUGCGGAGACGGCCAAGUGGCGAUCCAUUUCACGCAGAAGGGCCUGCAAGUGCAUGCCAUCGAUGUUCUCCCAGAGCACGUCCAACAAGCACAACAGAACGUCCGGGAGGCUAUUGGUAAAGUUGACUGGAACGCCAAGCACAAGUCAGACACGGUUACGCCCUUGGAUGCAUUGACGGUCGAGCAAGGUGACUACCAUGAUCUUCAAACGGUGGGAAAGGGUUCCCUGGACGGCAUCUACACCGUAGAGACAUUGGUCCACGCGACCGACUUGAACCGCGUCUUGUCAGAAUUCUACCGAACACUCAAACCCGGAGGCAGGAUCGCCCUAUACGAAUAUGACCACUGGAGUGGCGACGAUAUUCAGCAAACAAGCCAAUCGGAAAAGGAGGCUAUGGACAAGGUUCGCUUGCAUGGCGCUAUCUCAAAGGCGGCAAAUGGACAAUCCGGGCCGUCACCCUCAGAGGACCGAAGCGAACAAGCUUGCCCACAGCAAGGCUUGGUUGGGAUGCUGAACAAGGCUGGCUUUGAGGAUGUUCAGGAGAGCGAUAUUUCGCAAAAUGUCAAACCAAUGAUUCGGUUUCUAGCUUAUUUCCUGUACAUCCCAUCCAUGAUUGUGUUAGCUUUGGGCUUGGAAGCUUAUUUCAUCAACACAGUCGCCAUCGUCGCCAACUAUCAGCGUGGGUGGAAGUAUAUUGCGGUGACGGCGCGGAAGCCUGCGACGGUAUCUGGUCAAUGAUGUAGUGGUUGAGCUCCCGUGAAAAUAUCUUUUGCAAUCUGUCCAAGUACUUCGUUCAUAGUAUUGAAUGGAUUGUCUUCAUUGUUACUGAACGUAGUACUGUACACUAUUGA